GAAGCGGAACUCUGCGAACGAAUAAAGGGCUGUUUCUACCCGGAGCAAAAAAUAUGUUGCACGGCCUCGACUUUACGAUUUCCUUACGAUCCGAAACAUCAACAAGUCACUACUCAAGCGACAAAUGAGCUGCAUCCGCCUGAAACUCUUAAAAAAAAAGCAGCAUCACCCUGUCGCACUAUCGAGCGGACGUGUGGAAGAAAUCCUACUGACUCUUCUGAACAGGAAUAACUCUCAUGUGACCGUUAAUAGCAGAUUUUAGUCUUGUGUUGCGGAGAGAGUGUUGCAGUAGGUUCAAGUCAAGUAGCCCCUGAUAGAGCGGACAUGGCCGGCGGCAGCAGCACUGUAGGCAUGGAUCCAGAUGUUGCUCUGAGGCUGUUCGAGGAGGGAGCCACUCUGGUGCUGCUGGGUGUUCCUCAGGGCACGGAGCUGGGGAUUGACUGCAAGAGUUGGCAGGUGGGUCCCCGCUUCCGGGGAGUAAAGAUGAUCCCUCCAGGCCUGCACUUCCUCAACUACAGCUCUGUAAACUCACCAAGCUGUGGAAGAGAAAUAGGCCCAAAGACAGGCCUCUUCCUCUCUCUUAAACCCAGAGAGAUCCUGGUGGCUAAUUGGGAUCCCAAAGAAGAAGAUCUGGACUUCUCGGCCUCGAAGAACGAAGAGGAGUUGAGUCGCAUUCGGGCGACCUUGCAAGAGCUGGACCCUUACCUGGGUCCCUAUCCAUACGAGGUGAUGAGGAAGUGGGUGUCCCUCACUGACCGCCUGAGCGAGGAGGUGGCCAAUAACCUGCAGCCUCUGUCUGGUAGGAUAUGUGCCUACAGCGAAGUCAUUCCUGAGAUUGAGUUCAGACACACCAAAGACAGGGCUGAGCAGCCGCGGAACGACACAGCCUGCCAGAGCAUGAGAGAGGGACUAAACAGGCUCCCCAGGAUGAAGCACAGGGAGGGCACGGAGUUGCGCUUCUCCGUUGUCCCCAAGAAGACCUACCCACCUGGGGCAACACCAGCCGAGAUCACCCGGUGCAGUCUGGACCUGAGCUAUGCCCUGGAGACUUUGUUGGAGAAGAACUACCAGGUGCAGCCUCUCAACGUUCUAGGGGAGCUGCAAUUUGCCUUUGUGUGUUUCCUAAUUGGAAAUGUGUAUGAGGGCUUUGAGCACUGGAAGCGUCUCCUGGCUCUGUUGUGUCGCUCAGAGGAUUCCAUACGGAUGCGUAAGGAUCUCUAUCUGGGGCUCAUCGCUGUGCUCUACCACCAGCUUGGAGAAAUCCCGCCUGACUUCUUCGUUGACAUCGUGUCACAGAACAACUUCCUCACCUCCACACUGCAGGACUUUUUCCAGUUUGUCAACGGACCUGGUGUAGAUGGCACACUCCGGAAGCGAGCGGAGAAAUUCAAAGCCCACCUGACCAAGAAGUUUUGCUGGGAUUUCGACGCAGACACGGACGACUGUGCCCCCGUGGUGGUGGAGCUGCCUGACGGUGUUACGGUGGACUGAAACCGCUCUACCGGGGGCUUUACAUUCAUACUGCAGGCACGAGCAGGGAUCAGUGCUGCAGGAUCUGAAAUCUGUGAAGCUUGGUCUCUAACACCCGAUCCGAAGGUUCUCAGAAGGUUUGAGAAAACAGUUGGUCGGAUGUGUACACAGUUUGUAUCCUGUUAGAAAGAAGGCAAACGAGUUACUAAGUCAUACUCUACGUUACGGUCGGGGUGGAGCUGCGGUAUACUUAAUGUCAGUGGUGCCCUCUGGUGGUGGUCUUCUGUAAGUUCCAUAAGCGUGUUGUCUUACAUUGCUUAGUAGUUUUAUAGCCACAGUUGCAUCACAUUUAUUACCAAAACCGAUCCAUUACUAAUUUUUUUUUAACUAUAGUGUAAAAAUAGUUGAAGAGUUAAUUAGUGGUAAGAUUUAUAAAUAAUAUCAUACACAAACGUGUCAUCUUCAUCAGUGAUAGAGCACUUAAAUUUUCACCGGAAUGACCACAUUCUGGUGACCUGCAGGGAUGAAAGAGCCCUAAUUGUGAACUCUACACUUAAUAUUGCCCAACUUUAUGAACAUUCUAUAUCAGAUGUACAGGGGUUUGUUAGAGGACAAUAAAAGUAUAGUGCUGAGUGACUGUAGUGAUUCUGUAGCUCACACAAUAAAUAUAAAUAUUGCUUUAUGUUGCUAAAUCCUUUUUGUUUGAUGUAGCCACACUGGAAAAUGGCAGUUGUGGUUUGUAAUGGUAAAUUGGUCAAACAUGAAGAUCACCUCUCAAUGGUUUUCUUCAGUACUUUUUUUCAGUUAACUUUUACUUUUCUAUGAUUGAUUGGAUGCCACAUUUCCUUUAAUAAAUACAACACUUUUGAUCCAAAA